AUGUGUGGACUCGUGAGUACAAAAAUGGAUACCCAAGAAACGAUUGAAGAACUGACACAAAUUUGCAUGAAAAUGCGCAGUCAUUUGAAUAAAUUUUCCGAGCAGAAGGACAAGGAGGCGGUUAUUCUGAAACACAUCAAACGAUUCGAAAACAACGGAGCAGACAUUCCUGAAUUUCAGAAAGGACUGGAAUGGUUUAACGUAUCGAAAGGAUUGUCGUUGGCUCAGCAUCUGAAAGGCAAAAUUGUGCUUCUGGACUUCUUCACAUAUUGCUGCAUCAACUGCAUGCAUGUUUUGGCUGAACUAGAAGAGAUUGAAAAGCAAUUUUCUGUAGAGGAUGGUCUUGUUGUAAUUGGAGUUCACAGUGCGAAAUUUACGAACGAACGUGACUCAAAGAAUGUCUUAUCAGCAGUACAGAGAUACAAUAUCAUGCAUCCUGUGGUGAAUGAUGUCACGCUAAGGAUGUGGAAUGACAUGGGCAUAAUAUGCUGGCCUAGUCUUGUCAUGUUAGGACCCAACGGUCAGCCACUGGCAGUUUUCGUCGGCGAAGAUCACAAAGAUGAGAUUCUGUUGUACGCGAAAGUAAUGAUAGCGUACUUCAAGUCCUUAAAUCAGAUAUCGAAUCACAGUCUUCCAUUGAAGCCAGCAUUUCAUCUCUUAUCUUCUCCCGAAGACGGUCUGCUGUUUCCUGGCAAAUUAGCUGUUCUCUCCUCCGAGCGGGGAACAAAGCUCGUUAUAUCAGACAGCGGUAACAAUAGAAUUAUGAUUACUAAUGAACACGGGAAAGUGGAGCAUAUCAUAGGUGGUGCCAGCCUGGGUUUCCAAGACGGUGAUUUUAAGAGCGCUAAAUUCAAUUCACCUCAAGGUGUCUGUGCGCUCGACGAUGUGAUCUACAUCGCAGAUAACAAUAAUCACGCUAUCAGGAAAAUAAACUUAAGCGAGAGGAGUGUAUCCACCGUAGCUGGUACCGGUUCGCAGAGCCACGAUCAUUGCGGCGGAAGAAACGGCACCGAUCAAGAUUUAUCGUCCCCUUGGGACGUGGCGAUCUAUCAUCACGAAUAUGAGAACACCGUCGUUCCGGUCCUGUUAAUCGCGAUAGCGGGUAGUCAUCAAAUCUGGGCUCUGUUCUUGAAAGACACUAUUUGGUGGAAGGAAAAAAGGUAUACGGCAGGCACUUGUAUCGCCAUCGUUGGAAGCGGCCGAGAGGAAAAUCGUAACAACAGUUAUCCUCAUGCCGCCGGGCUGGCGCAACCUUCCGGUAUCGUGGUCGUUCAGGAAUGCAAAGCUGCGUUUAUAGCGGACAGCGAGAGCAGCGCUAUCAGACGGUUGCAUUUGGACAGCGGUCGCGUGUCCGCUGUCUGCGGAGGCGAUAAAAAUCCAACGAAUCUACACGCUUUCGGUGAUGUGGAUGGGAAAGAAUACUCGGCCAAGCUCCAGCAUCCACUGGGAAUAGCAUGGGAUCAUUUGGAGAAGCAGAUUUACGUAGCCGACACUUACAAUCAUAAAAUUAAGAGCGUGGACGCGGCAACGGGAUGUUGCAAAACGUUGUUCGGCGACGGGAAGCCCGACAGCGCGUUCUUCUUCAAUGAGCCGAGUGGUCUUGCUGUUAAUCCAGACGGUAACGUUCUUUAUGUAGCCGAUACCAAUAAUCACGCUCUUAAGGUUAUCGAUUUGAAGAGCAAAAAAAUCUCAACCAUGGCUAUCUCAUUCAGACGCGAUUCCAACAGAAACACCAACAAUACAUUCACGUUCGACACGACGAUCAGUACGCGCGGUGGCGAAUUGAGUAUCUCAUUCGACGUUGUAUUCUUGAAUGGAAUGAAGUUAAAUGUGGACGCACCGCAAGGAUGGGCCGUAUCCUUGCCUGCGAAUGUGGGGACAGCUGACGCUUUGACAGGUAGACUACCGACUCCCGUGUCGGUGAGGUUACCGGAGGGUGAAGCGCGCAGUAAAUUCAGCGUCGCGUUAAACAUAAUAGCCUGCACGGCGGACACGUGUUUGCCGAUGAAGCUGUCCGUGGUGUUCAAUGUGCAUCGAAACGCCGAUGCGCCCACGAUCGUGUCCGAAAAAAGAGAACUCGUUAUUCAAUAAGAAUUGUAGAUUUUAUUAUAUAUAUGAAAAAAAGCGAGAGAAAAAGAGAGAACGUACCGCUCGUAUAUAUGCGCAUACGUGUAUAUUGUUUAUUAGAUAUUGCCUUAAAGUAUACAUUUAAUGUAUACACUUGUUUACAGCGAAUAGCAAUUUUACAUCAUUUACAUACCUUUUGUAAAUUGUGAGAGA